AUGAGCUACACAGCCGACCAGUCAAACGACGCCAGCCCCACGUUGCGCGCUCGCCGUUCCUACCCCUCCUCGUGCCAGCCCCCACCCGCCGACGCCUCUUACGCCCAGCUCGACACCAAGUUCGCCUUCCCUUUGCUCGACCUGCCCUCGGAGAUCAUCCUCGUCGUCAUCGCCCACGUCGACGAGCGCAACCUGUCGCCGACCUUUCCCACCGGACCCUCCCCCGAACUCUUGAACCUCGCCUCGACGAACCGCAAGUUCAACGAGCUAUGCCGGCCGCUCAUCUGGCGCACAGUGCGGUACACACCUGCGACGCACUUCAGGCCGACCGAGUACCGCGAGAUGAGGAGCCUGGCGACAUUCUGGGACAUCCUGCGGGAACGGGACAAAGCAGGAACGCCUCUCCCCGUCCUUGCUCUCUCGCUCGACGAGGUGUACUCGCACGACGGACCGCUCGGCGUCGAACACGAACUGGUUGCAGACGAGCAGGAGGUGGCUCUCGAGAUCUUCGACUACCUCGCCCGGUCUACCCUCCAGGUCUUCUUCGGCAAAGAGUUCAUGCUGUCCUUGGCAGGCGGACAUCGCCUCCUCGACAUCAUCGCAGCCUCGCCGACACUGUCUGCAGUCCGGCUGAACCAGGUCUCAUGCUGGCCGCCGUUGCUCAACCUGAACGAACGAAUUAAUCGACUCGCGAAAGUCAAGACGCUGCAGAUCAUGCACAGCGACCCUGGCUUUUUCCAACUCGUUCACGUCACGCCCAAUCUCGACUCGCUUCUGCUCUGGCCUAGCUCAAGGCGCGUCGCGAUCUUCAUGGACUCGAUCAAGACGAUGCUGCCUCAGCUGCGAAACCUCUCGCUCGACUCGGUGCACGGAGCGAGCGCGUUCCGGAAGCUCGCCGACGAGAUCCUCCGACUCUCCUAUUCGGGCCUGACCCUCCCGCUCGAAGAGCUCUUCCUCGAAGGACCCCUCUCCAGCGUCGACUUCGCCAUCCUCGUCUCCUCCCUUGCACACCUUCCCAACCUUCGCCGACUCGCGCUGUACCAGUGCCGCAACCCGACUCCUACGCUGUUCGACCAGCUCCACAAGGUCGUACCGCAGCUGAGGGCGCUCACGAUCGUUGCUGGCGACUGCCACGAGGGCGAAGAAUGGCCCGAGGAUCUCGAAGCUUACCUCCCGUCCCUCUCGCGCUUCACCGAUCUCCGCUUCUUCGCCUUCGACCGCCGCUCACCGACGCCUGUCGACCAAGCUGGUGAACCCGUCUACGCUGCACAGUCGCAGCUUGAGUUUGCGGCGCUGAGUCGCGUUGGAAAGGUCUGCUCGACGUUGACGGAGGCGGUCGCUAUCGUUAGCGAUGUAAGCGAGGGAAUGACGGGCUAUUUCGCCCGUUACGAGCGGGAGAAGGGGCGGACGAGGAUCAACCUUCGCCUCAAGACCGUCAACGAUUUCCUCAUUAGCUGGGAAAGAUGGGUCCGGGUUGAGGAGGACUGA